AUGGCCGCCCCAAGCCCCAUCCUCUACCAAAACGCCGACGCAGACAUUACACUGAUGGACAUAGCCGCCUCGAUUGUCGCGGCCCAAGGCGACCGCUCCGACACACUGCUUUCGACUAGGCCACUGGAAGCGCCCAUCAAACUCAACCACGCCUCCCACGCCAGGCCCAAGCCACCCAGGGCGGGACCCGCGGCGGCCAGAAGCCACGGCAUCAGCCGUUCGCAGCAAAAGACAAGCACUAGUCCAGUCGGUCCCCGCGAAGACGCCAUGGACCCUUCCAGGCACAAGUUGCCGUCACGCGACCUUGACGAUCGGCAGUACAAGGCCCUCGUCCAACAUGCACUCGCUCAAAUCCGCCCGCACGUUUCAGGCCCAUGGUGCAUGCCGCGCAAGCUCAUGACCCAACCGCCACGGUGCGGGCAAGAAGAGACGGCUGACUUGCAUGGCCGCCCCACGGAAAAAGAGUUGGAGUCGAGCAUGCGCGAGUGGGCCUCAUGGAACCAAGCCCGGGGAGACGACACGGCCUUUCAUCUGCAGCAGAUGAUGGCCUCGCUGGGUGUGGGCGCCGCGUCUGGGGCUGCAGAAGCGGCCGCCGUGACACACGGGUGGCUAGUGUCGUACCGCCAUGCACAUGAGACUCACGACGACGACGACGACGACGACAACAACAACAACAACAACAACAACAGUACACCUGGUAGUAGUACACAAGACACACAGACGGAGCCAUGGACGUGUGCCUUUCACAAUCCCCACAACCACUCACUGCGAGCGGACAUUGUCCAAAACACGCGCCCGCGUCAAGACUAUCGUUUCACAAUACCACCUCGGGCCACUCUCUUCCUCAGCGACUCAACCGCAUCGGACGCCUUCCGACGGUCGUUUCGUCAACUCACCGACGAACAUGCCCUUCCACGACACUUUGACCUAGUGCUGCUGGAUCCGCCGUGGCCCAAUCGGUCGGCCAAGCGCAAGGGCGCCUACGAGCAGGUUGGCGGCAUGCCGUACCUCCGCAAGAUGCUGCUCAGCAUGGACAUUGACACGUAUCUGGAGCAAAAUGCGCUGGUGGGCGUGUGGAUCACCAACAAGGCGUCUUUGCGAGACCAUGUGCUCGGUCCGGGCGGCCUGUUUGAGACGUGGAACGUAGGCCUGAUGGAGGAGUGGAUAUGGGUCAAGACGACAACAAAGGGCGAGCCCAUGUUGGACAUUGACAGCGCCAUGCGCAAGCCAUAUGAGAUUCUGUUGCUGGGCCGUGCAGCGCCCAACUCGUGGACAAGCAUGGUGCAUGCGCCCACUGUCAAGACGAGGGUGAUUGCUGCUGUGCCAGACAUACACUCGCGCAAGCCGUGUCUCAAGGCGUUGCUCGAGCCCUACUUGGUGGAUGCGACUGACUACAGUGCACUCGAGGUGUUUUCCCGGUACCUUGUCAGUGGAUGGACGUCGUGGGGUAACGAGGUGCUCAAGUACAACUGGGAGGGAUAUUGGGAACCAGGUCCAAGUGCUGGACCGGAAUGCUGACUUCUCACUCGGGCUGGCGAUUCAGCAAUCUUGAUAGCCCCUUGUCAAUGUAGUCAU